AACAUCUGGCUCAUUGUUCUAUCUGUGGUUGUUGCUAUCUGACGAAAGGUUGUUGAAAUUUUGCUAGUAACGUUAACUAGCUACCUAGUUAUCAGACAAACACCAUGUCUAGCAGAGGAGGAAAACAGAAGAAAGGUAAUGUCACCAGUGAACAGGAGGAAGAGGAGCAGCCGCUUCAAGCUGUGCUAGUCGCCGAUAGCUUCAACCGGAGGUUUUUCCCCAUCUCCAAAGACCAACCCAGGGCUCUCCUACCGUUGGGCAAUGUGGCCAUGAUAGACUACACCCUGGAGUUCCUAACAUCCACAGGUGUUCAGGAGACAUUCGUCUUCUGCUGCUGGAUGUCCAACAAGAUCAAGGACCACCUGCUUAAGUCCAAGUGGUGUCGUCCCACCUCUCCAAACGUGGUCCACAUCAUCACCUCUGAUCUGUACCGUUCCCUUGGCGACGUGCUGCGGGAUGUGGACGCCAAGAAUCUGGUGAGGAACGACUUCAUCCUGGUCUACGGAGACGUGGUGUCCAACAUCGACGUCAGCCAGGCCCUACAGGAGCACCGGCACCGGCGUAAGGUGGACAAGAACAUCUCUGUGAUGACCAUGGUGUUCAAAGAGUCCUCUCCCGGCCACAAGUCUCGCUGCGAGGAGGAUGACGUGAUCGUUGCCAUGGACAGCAAGAGCAAGCGGGUCCUCCACUACCAGAAGACACAGGGCCUUAAGAAGCUACAGUUCCCCAUGAACAUUUUCCAACAUGGAAGUGAUGAGUUUGAAGUCAGACAUGAUCUGCUGGACUGCCACAUCAGUAUCUGUUCCCCACAGGUAGCUGAACUCUUCACAGACAACUUUGACUACCAGACCAGGAGUGACUUUGUCAGAGGGAUUCUGGUCAAUGAAGAGAUUCUGGGCAACCAGAUCCACCUGUAUGUAACACAGGAUGGCUAUGGAGCACGCGUAUCUAACCUGCAGAUGUAUGACUCCGUCUCCUCGGACAUGGUACGUCGCUGGGUCUAUCCCCUCACCCCCGAGGCUAACUUCACGGACCAGCAGGGGCAGGGGUGUACCCACUCCCGUCACAACGUCUAUCGGGGCGCCGAGGUCAGCCUGGGGCAAGGCAGCCAGAUGGAGGAGAACGUUCUGAUUGGUCGAGACACCAGCAUCGGGGCCAACUGUCGCAUAUCAAACAGCGUCAUCGGCAACAACUGCACCAUGGGGGACAACGUGGUGUUGGACCGGGCCUACAUGUGGAACAACGUACACAUCGCCAGCAACGUAGAGAUUCACCAGUCAGUYGUGUGUGAUGGGGCUGUGAUCAAAGAGGCUGUACGCCUCAACAAACAGUGUGUCCUCGCAUACAACGUGGUGAUUGGUCCGAACCUGUCCCUCCCAGAAGGGACUGUGGUGUCUAUGCAUCACCCUGAGGAAGAGGAGGAAGAUGAUGAUGAUGAAUUCCUCAGUGAUGACCAGGAAGUGGGACACAGCAAAGACAAGACCAGGCAGAAAGCGUUUAAUCCAGCCGAGGUAGGACCUGAGGGUAAAGGUUARAUCUGGAAGGCCAGUAUGGACGACACUGAGGAUGAAGAGCUGGCACAGUGUCUAUGGGGCCUGGUGCUUAACCCUGACCCAGAGAGUGACAGUGAGAGUGAGGCCAGCGAGGAAUCUCAGGAUCACAGUCGCAGUGUCUCACCAGAGAUUGACGACGUCAAUGCUUUCCAGUUGGAAGUGUUGGGGACACUACAGAGAGGUUUGGAGGAGAACAUCGUCUGUGACAACCUGGUCCUAGAGAUCAACUCUCUCAAGUAUGCCUAUAACAUCACUCUCAAGGAGGUAAUGCAGAUUCUGACAAGAGUUGUUCUGGAGUACCCCUUCCAACAGCAGGGGACGCAGCUCACCACCCUACAGUACACUGGUUCACUACUGCCUCUGCUGAAGACGUGGUCCCCGGUGUUUAAGAACUACAUCAAGAGACCUCAGGAUCACCUGGACUGUCUGUCUGCUGUGGAGGAGCUGUUCCUGGAGCAGGACACUCAUCAGACUGCGAUGGUCAAGGUGCUGAUGAAAAUGUACCAGCUGGAGAUCCUUGAGGAGGAGGCCAUCUUGAAAUGGUUCUCUACAGGAGCCACCAAUGACAAGAGCAGACAGCUACGCAAGAACCAGGGACUCCAGAAGUUUAUCAAGUGGUUGGAAGAAGCAGAGGAUGAGUCUUCGGAGGAAGGAGAGUGAGGAAGAGGAGGAAUAAAGACUGAAGACUUGAGACUGUGUGAAUAGAAUUCCAUGGUUUCCAUGGCGGUUCACUUUAAAUCUGCACUUAAAGGACCGGUUUCCCCAGACAGAUUAAGGGCUGGAUUCAAUCCGUAUCGCGGAAGAUCCGACAUUAAAAUUGAAAGGUAAUUUCCGACUUGAGCCGACAUAUACAGCGUUUACCGUGAAUGCAGUCUCCGCCAACAUUGCCUUUAAAUUGAGCUAUAACAUAGAUCUUCCACGAUACGAAGCGAAUACAGCCCUAAGCCUAGUCCUGGAGUAAAAAUCAAUUUUAGUGGACAUUCUCCAUUGAGAAAGCUUUUUAUUCCAGGAUUAGACCAAAUCUGUGUCUGGGGAAAACCAUCCCAGAAUGUCAAAGGUUAUCAGUUUGGACACUGUGGCAGCUUCAUAUUGCUUCUCCAAAAGGAAACGAUGUUGUUGAUAUUUAGUCAUUGUGUACAACGCGAGCAGACAUCUUGUUCACAAUGUCACAAGAAGGAAAGCUGUGGUAUGAUUUAACACCCUAAUAAAAGAAAAGGAUUUAAACACA